AUUGUGAGAAGGAGCUCCCAUUUCCUCCAGACCCACCACGAUGCUAAUCCGAGAAGCCUUGCUCUUCCUUCAGUGCUGCUGGCCUCCUUUGCUGCUUCACUGGAUGCUCCAUCCUAUGUGGGGCUUCAUUCAGAUUACUCAGGGCGAACUCCAGAAGUCAUGCUCUAAGCCUCUAGUAGAGAAGGCUACAGAUAAUUGCCAGCAUAUCUGCCAAUGUAGACCACCUCCAUUACCACCACCGCCACCUCCACCGCCACCACCAAGGUUGCUUGGGGUUUCAUCUCCCACCGUUCCUGUUUAUCCUGCUGCAGCGCCCUGGCCAAGUCCAGCUAUCAUUAUUGCUGCAUGCUGUGCCAUACCAGUGUUCCUCUUUCUAGUUUUCAUCAUUUGCUACAAAGCCAUAAAAAGGAAACCUAUGAGAACAGAAGAGAAUGGAACAAGUCAAGCUGAAUAUGCAAUGACAUCCUGUCAAAACAGCAAGACAGUUGAUGCUAACAAUGCAGUGGCGUAAUUUCCAAAACCACCUCUUGAAUAGUAAACAUUAAAAGCACACAUGGAAUAUGCAAGGUGGGUGAAAUGCAGCAUCAAGAGAAGACUUAUGGCCGAGGACUUCAUUUCAGAAAUAGUGCGCGCUUCAGAUAUUCUGAGAAGAAAAGCAGGUGACUGCUCUUUGGCUUGCUGAGUGUCACAAAAGUGGGAUUAUACCAGGGGCUACUCUGAAAAAGGGAUUCACAGAGGCCUACACACUGCAUGCUUGUUCUUUUGAAAGCAACAUUGCAGUGUCCCUUCUUCCUUCCUCAUCUUUGAUUGACUGUUUAUUUUUUUAAAUGCUUCAGUGAUCCUUUGAUGAUUAAGAGGGCAAUCUAUUCAAGACAGUAAAAUACCAUAAUUUGGCUUGCAAAUUCAAGCUUUGCAUUUUUCUGUUUCUCUACAGUCAUUUUAAGACCCACCCUUUAUCAUGAUCAUAUUGUUAAAGUGGAAAAUCUCCAUUCACUAAAAGGGAACAUCCCUCCCUGCCCAGCUGCAUGAUUUCAUUGAAUGUAUCCCCUCCUAUACAAUCCUAUGACUAGAUAUAGAUGCCAUUACUACAGACAUAAAGGAAUCCAGAAUGUCUUAUAGCAAUUAGCUUUCCUGGUCAAAAGAAAAGUGUUGCCUAGGAUAACAUUUUAAAGUCCAGAAAUGUUUUGGGCC